CCACACUUCCCAAGAGGAAGUGCGCGCCUUGACAAUGGCCAAAAUCUUUCGCCUCUAUCUUUCUGCUGGUCCACUCGAGCCUUCCGCAUCUCCCAUUCCAAUUAGACAACUAGCCAGCUAGGCUUCUGCCUACUACCGUCUGCACGGACCAGACUCCACCAUACUCAUUGAUCAUCCAUUGCCUUGCCGUAUCGACAAAAGAGAGAGAGCUAGAGGGAAGGAACGAGACAUUUGUGGGUGGCGUUUGAGAGAGACAUUGGUCGGGUUCUCUUCGAAGGAGCCAUGGACAAUGAAAACUUUAGCCGCAAGGCCGUGUCACGAAGAGGAGGAGACUCUACCAAGAGAACGACGAUAGCUACUGCAUCAACAGCACCUUCUGCCAGAGCCCAAAGCCCUGCUGCACCGAAGAGUCGAGGACGACAAAAGAAAAUAGAAGAUCAUGGCAUUGAAAUGCGACCCCUGCUCUUCAAAGGCGGCGUCUCUACAAUCAACUCGGAAGAAUCGACCAGUCCAACAGCCCACAAUGCAUCCUCUCCUGUCCAAAUUUCCGCCAAACAAUUUGCCGAUUCCUGGUUGGGAAACUAUGUCAAGCUCAAGGCCAAGCAGGCCGAAAAACAUGCCUACAAUUUCAAGGCCAGUCUAAAAUCCAAAAAGGGAUUUCAUGUCCAAGUCCCCAAACGAAUGCUAUUCUACACCUCUCUAGUCUUUUUAUUCUUUCCUCUGGUACUCUUCAUGUACAAGGAAAAUCAUAUACACGACAAUGAUCCCGCCUUUCAAGCGCACAAACGAACCGAACUACACAGUCACGGCAGUAAUUGGACCAGCAAUCAUAAUCAUACGGGGGUACUAUUACGGAAGCGACAAGAUCGUCAGGGAAGCAGCAACAACAAGAAUACUAAUAAUCACCAAGUACGAGGACGCAAUCAUCCGUCCUUGCAACAAUUACUCGCAGGGGGGUUGCCCACCAAUACAACCUCCAAGAGUCGAUCCGCGCCAGGUCCCGAAAAGAAGAGUCAAGAUACUAAUGUGGAAGUGCGAGAAGCUGCGGUCAAGCUAGAGACCAGUGAAAAGUUGGUAUCCAAUGCCACGUUAUUACCAGUGGGGGAAAACUCAGAGGUCGCAGUAAACACAGAAGCAACAAAAGCAACUGACGCUGUGCCCAAGGUUCUUGAGUCUGGUGCCAUUGUUUCCACCACUGAUGAUGUUAUUUCAAAGAAGCUACCGGUACACAAUACCACAGCUACAACUCAACCAGUCAAUGCAACUAUUUCGAAACUCAGACGGCGGCGUCGGGGGCGAUGACGACGAAAAGGAACAUAUAAAGGAAUCAUAAAUCUAUUGCUUGCAAAUAGAAUAAAUCCUAGCUAUGAUGCAACUUUCAACCUUGUAACCACUAGCAGCUAGCUAGAUACAGCAUGCUGUCUGUCGA